CUCGCACUGAACGCCCAUUCUCUUUGCAUCGCCGAAUGCAAAACGGCCGACAACAGCGCGCAAGGUCCACAUCCGACGGCUAGUCGAUAUUCUGCAGUUUCUCUUCUUCGCAAGGACUAUGAUCGCGCCCGGCGAGCCUGGACAAUCCUCAUACGAUGCAAGGAAAUAAACUGGAAAGAUAUGUGGCAGACAGCGAUCGUCCUCCUGACCGAUCUCAGCGACGAUGAUCAGGAAGAGGACGACCGACGCAUCGCGUUCCUGAGUGUUGUCAUUAGGCAGCAUCCUGAGGAUAGACAAUUGAUAUUGAAGGAGUUUGUCCUCCGACUCAUUCAAGCCGGGGCAUACAGGCGAGCCUUGGAUGAGCUAGACUUGUAUCUGCCGCUGUUCCCCUUUCACGACAAUCCAGUGAUGCAUACCUACGCUGGUCUACUUGCUCUGUACCUGUCUCAGCCUACACAAGGCACGAGAGACGACGCACAACAGGGAAAGCAAUGGAAUGCAGGUCUCAUCAGCGCUGCUCGGGCGCACUUUGAACGUGCCAAGUGGAUCGACCCCGACAACGUCGUCGCAACUGGAUUUCUCGAACAGCUGCCAAAUAUCACCCAGUUUACUGAGACUCAGCAGGCCCCCGAGUCGGACGAUGAGGGGGCAGACCAAAGCAUGGAAAUCGACGAUGUAAGCCGGCGUCGGAAGCGUAUCAAGACAUGA